CUUCUCGGACGACGACGUCUCUUCUAACCGCAUGGCCACUACCGCAUACUGUACGAUCCUCUCGUAAUUUUCACCGCAAUGCUUUGAACGGCACACCGAUAGUUUUUCUCCGCAUUGAUUCUCGACACCAUGAUUUAAUAAUACUACUACAAGUUUCAACACUAUUUAUCUUUAAUCAUACUUGCAUACUUUGAGUAAAAUUAAGUAUUUUUUUUUGUAAUAAAGUUGUAUUACAAUUUGUUUACUUUUGUAAAACCGUGGCUAUACUAGGUAGGUAAUCAUGGCAAGCAAUUCGAACGCUAUGGAUGAACUUAAACAAUCUUUACGAAGUAUUAUAAUAAGUUCGCGAAGUAGACUAAGUAUUGAAGAACUUCGAAAGGACUAUUAUACCAUUGAAGGACGUCAAUUACCCUACAAGAGAUUUGGUUUCAAUUCGGUAAUUGAACUUAUUCAAAACAUGAGUGAUACCUUCUCUGUAAGUUUUUCUCGAGGUUUUUUUUUAUUAACUAUGUUCUUAGGUGAUUUGGAUAUUUUUUGAAAUUUAUUUCCUAUAAUUUAAUUCAAAAUUAUUAACGAUGUACUUAUACAUGGUUUAUUACAUUUUUAGAUACCCUCAAAUCCAAAGGAAUAUUCUUUAGUAUCUUUGGUUGGUGAAACUAAAUCUGAUCAUUUAAUACAACUUAUUGCUAAUCAAAAACCAAAUACUAAACGUGGGAAACCAAGAAGAUCGGAAAAUAGAAAUAGUUGCCAUAAUAACUCAUCACAUAACACAAAUUACUACAACAGAAGUAAAAGUACCAGUAGACCUUCAAUUAAUCACACCAGCCAACCAUUAACAAGGAGUAAAAGUUUUUAUUCUGAAGAUACAAAUAAGUCAUUCUCUUAUUCAGAUCAAAAUGACAUACAAAAGCCAAAGAGUAGCUUUGUUAGUCAUGUUUCAGGUAUGAAAAAUAUAUUUGCUAAUUUUCAUUUUCAUAUUUUAAAUACUUAUGUAUACAUAAUAUAUAUUUACUAUUAAUGUGUAAAAUCUGGAUUAACCAGUUCAAGAAUUUUUCUAUAUACGAACUAAAACGUUGGAAAUUCAGAUUAUUUUUUUUGAAACUAAUUUUGGAUUCAUUUAUGCAUUUUUUGUUUUAUAAAAUAAUCAUGUUUUAACGUUCUAUAAUUAUAGAAAACGCUAAAAUAUUAAAUUUUUAGAUAUUUAAUAACCAAAACCAGAUUUAUAAAAUCUAAAUUUUGGAUUUUGAAAUCUGAAUUGUAAUUUUUAGAAAAUAUGUGUUUUAAUUACGUCAUUAAUAAUUAAAUAUUUAUUGGUAUUUUUCAAUUAUUUCCACUACCUAGUGUAAUUGAUUAGUUUGAUUUGCUGUUAUCUACCUUUGGUUUUGCUAACAAAUCUAGGUUUAUUCUUAAUUAAAAUUCAAUAUUUUUCAACAAAAAUUUUUGGCUGAUUGAUUAUUUGUUGAUGUUCAAUUUAUGGCUCACUGAAAGUACGAGAACUAUACUUUUAUUAAAAAACUAACCUUAAUUUUAGUAUUUCAAUAGGUUAUGUUGAAAUAACUGGUAAAUUUUAGGCAGUCUAGAUAACCGAAAUAAACCAAUAUAUGGUGGUGAUGCUUAUAAAACUCACUUAAGGACCAGCACAAAGUAAAUUGUAUAACUAAAUGAACUGAAGUCUUAAGAAGAAUUUGAGUCUUAUAAGUGACUGAAUCUUAUAUCUAUGAGUCUUAUAAAUGACGUUCACUGUGUAUAUAUAUAUAUAUAAGAGGGUGUUCAGAAUUUUUUUUAAUCAUAUUUUCUUCUCAUGAUAUUGUAUUCAUUAGAGCUUAAUAGUUUUACCCAAUUUUUCUCAGACUUAUUAUGGUAUCAAGUAUUAUUUUACCGGAAAAAGUUGAGUUUUUUUUUGUUUUUAUUUUUAUGUGUGUAAAUUAUAGUUUUUAAUAAGAAAUCGUUAAAUCAAAAAUUAUCAAAAAAAUCAUACAUUUUACUUCUCAUUUAGACCUAUAAAAGUAAAUUUUUGAAUAAUUUUGAUGAAUGAACCCUUUUAACUACCCUUAAAUAUAUUUUAGGGAUUGAAAAUAUUUUAAACUUAUUUUCCAUUUAGUUAUCAAGAGAAUGGUUAUAUUUGUUUAGGCAGUUAGACUUGAUAUGACUUUAAAUAAAAUUAUUUUCACAGUUGUUUAGUUCAAUGGAAUUACUCCUUUUACAAUAAACUAUGAUACACUAUGUCGAUUUUAAAUAACAUAGGCAAGCAUAGAUAGUAAAUAUACAUAGAUGAAUUAAUACAAAAUGAAAAUAAAUAAUUAAAUAAUAAAUACAAUAAUAAUUAUAAAUAUGAAAUAAAUAAUAACUGUAAUAACUAUAAAAUAAUAACCAACACUUAUUAUGUAAUAAAUAUGAAAAGAAAUAAAGGUGCAAUAUUGAAAAAUUCAGAAUUUUUUUUUGUUUUUAAUGCAGACCAGAAAAAUUAUAUUGUAUAUAGAACAUAUUUUUUCUGUCACAUAUAAGCCAAGAAAAUUAUGCAAAAUUGUUCAUUUUAAUGGUAGGAUGUCUGCAUUGGAGUGUAUAUUGAAACUAUCAAAUAACCACAUAGUAAUAAUUAAUAGCAUAUACAUCAUACAAUGCAAUCAGAUAUCCAUCAUUGUAGUGAUAACACCAAUAAUCAUUAAAUAUUGAUAACGAAGUAAAUUUCAAACAAUUUCCAAUGUUAUUUUAAAAUUAUAUAAAUAUGUAUAAAACUUAUUAUAUCAAAUUGAUAUUUAAAUUUCAUAUUUAUUCAAUACUUUUCCAUAAUAAUUGUAAAAAUAAUUUUAUUUGAAAUCAUAUUAAGUUUAACUCACUACAUAAGUAUAUUUUUAACCUCUAAAAUAUAUUUAAGGGUGGUUGAAAGGGUUUAUUUAUCAAAAUUAUUCAAAAAUUUACUGUUAAAGGUCUAAACGAGAAGUAAAAGGUAGAUUAUUUAAUUUGAAAAAAAUAUUAGAUGUAUUUUUUUUAUUUUAUUUUUUUUUUUUUUUUGAUAAUUUUUGAUCUAAUGAUCUCUCCUUAAAAACUAUUACUUACACACAUAAAAAUUAAAAACAAAAAAAAAAUCAACUUUUUUCUGGGAAAACAAUACUUGUUACCUUAAUAAGUCUGAAAAAAAUUGAAUAACAAUAUUAAGCUCUAAGGAACACAAUAUUACAAGAAGUAGAACAGCUAAUAAAAAAAAAUAAUUCUUAAAUACCCUAAUAUAUAAUAUGUAAAUGUAGUUUUAGAAAGUGUUUCAAUAUAAUUUUUUGUUUUCAUCACAAUAUUUUAUUUUAUUCUAUUCAGUCAGUGAAUAACUAUUAUUAAUUGGGUUGUCAUUAUACCUUGUGUAAUUAUAAAAGAUUUUUAAUAUUUUAGUCUUCUUAUUAAUUUAAAUAAUUCUCUCUAAGCUCUAAUGACAAAAUAAACACUGGAUAUUUAUUAAAUUUAUUUGGUGUUAUUAUUAAAUAAUAGAAUAUAUAAAAUAUAAUAAUCUAUUAAUAUGUCUACUAAUAUGUAGACACAUAGUUUUCCUGUAGCAGUUUGAUUUAUUUUUGUUUUUUUCAGCUUGUUCUGUAAUGUACUUAAUAAAACUAUACAUUUAAAAAUUAUUGUUAAAUUACAAUUGUAUUAAUUUUAAUAAUAUAUUACUUUAUUCUAAAAGUAUCUAUUAAAAAUCCUUACUUUCUGAAAUAGUUUUUCAAAUAAUUGAUUUUAAAAAAAAUUGUAUGUUUUAUAUAUUAAUGACAUUUGAUGUAUUAUAUUAGUAUUUAUUAUAUAAGAGAAUAAAUUGUCUUUAUAAUUUUAAUUUACAGAUGCCCCAAACACAUCUUUAAAGCUAUCUGGCAUAAAUAAUUCUAAACAAUUUGCUAAUGGGAAUCACUCUAUUAAUAACAAAUUUACAACUGUUUUGAACAAAAUGUAAUUAUUAAAACAUCAAAUUAAUUUUAAAUCAGAUAAUCAUAACAAUAAUGAAACAAAUUUUAUUCAUAAUAGUGAUGAUGAAACAAGUAGUAUAACAAACAAGCCUACUAGAAGAAUAAAUGACUUUGUAAAUAAAUGCAAGGUUCAAACUAUGUUGAGUACACUUAAAGAUUCCAAUUGCAAUAAAAAUUCUAUGGCUCAAAUUAAAAGUAAAAUUGAUUACAUAAAAAGACAAGCAAAAAUUAGACAAGAUAUAAAUGAUAAACUAAAAAACUCUAGCGGAAUUGAAUCCCAUGAUAGUUCAGCUAAUGUAAGUAAGAAAAUAUAAAACUCUAAUUUUACAUUUUUAUUUAUAUGUGUAUGAGAUUGUUAAAUAUGUACCAAGGAUUUUUGGAGCCUCUGACAUCAUACAAAUGUCUGCUCUUAUAGUGUAAUUUUCAUUAAAAUCGUGAAUUUCUAUUAUAUAUAAAUUCUGGAUUUUGCACUAUUUUUAUGAUGCACUCAUAGUUUGAUUUAGUCUUGCCAAUCCCUUAAUACUGCUCUGGACAUUGUGUUGGUAACUUCCUGUCUAUUUUUUCAAACUAUAAAAUUAUACCCCUUCAGAAAAAAUGCCACAGAUAUUUUCUAUUAAUUUACUUAAAUGAUACCAGUAAGGUUCUAAAAAUGUAGAACACUCAUUAAUUAUGGAUUUACCAAUAUUGAAAGAUAUUUUAAUGUUUAAACAUUUUGUUUAUCCUAUGUGAUAUAAUAUAACUUAAUGUAGUACCUACUUAAUUAUUAAUUUAUACAUAUAUUAUUACAAUUACACAUAUUAUCAUUACAACCAAAUCUAAAUGAGUAAUUUUAAAUAACCUGAAUCUACUGUUUUAAUAAAUAAUUUAUACAUUUUAAGGCAGACAUGUGUAAGUCAAAAUCAGUAUCAUUUGCUCAUUCUACUCCAAAAAAAAAUUAUUCUGAUGAUAUUAAAAAUGGUGAGUAAUUAUUUUAUUUAUUUAUUUACUUUUUAAAUUGCAAAUUUUAAUGUAUAUAUAAUACAUAAGUAUUAAUAUAACUAAUAAGUUUUGAAAAUUAGUUUAAAAGUUAAUUCAUAUUACUGACAAAAAUUAGCUGGCAAUGUAGUAUUAUUUUAAUUUAGUAUCAUAAAUUUUACCUUUGACUAUUGUAAUGAGUCAAAAAAAUAGCAUUAAGGACUAGGAUCCAAAUAUUAUGUUCACUACUUUAUAAUAAGAUGGAAUUAGUCCACUCCUUACAACAAUACAGGGGGGGGUGAGUUUAAUUAAAGUAAUAAUUAUAUAUACUUCUUUCUUGGCUGAUGUGUAGAUAUAUGUUCUGAGUAAGAUCUUGAUAUGGUGAAAUAAAACAUGUAACAUAUAAUCUUGAUGUUAUAACCAGGUUGUUUAUUGAGUUUAAAUUGAAAUAAUUAGUAUAAAAAAAUAUGAGGUAGAGUUGAAUUAAAUACAACAGAUGCACUUAUAGGUAUAGAUGAACAUGGUUAAUUGGAGCUUAAGUUUAUGUUAAGACUAAACUGUUUAAGAUAAUAAGUGGGGUUUUUUUUUUAUAGUAUUUUGAAUUGAAAUUGUCUUUUAUUGAUUUAAAUAUGACACAUAUGGUACAAUGGUACAUAGUUAUUGUGACAGAAGUAUAAUUUGAAUAUAACAUAAUAAGGUUUAAUUAAUAUAUAAUGUUUUUCGUAUGAUUUAAUAUUAAUGACUGUGUUAUUGACUAAUUGAUGAUAGUGCACAUAAUUAAACUAUUAUUUUGUAGUAAACUUUUAAAUAUAUAUAUAAUUACAAUAAUUAAUUUUACCUACAAAGUUGUUUAUUACAUUUACAUGGAUAGUUUAAAAUGUUCUCCAUAACAAUUGUUUUUGUUAUAAAAAAAAUUGUUCUUUUAGUUAUUAAUGAACACUAGGGAGGUACCUAUAGCCAUUGGAAAAACAACAAAUUUUGUUGUGCCAAGGCUAUUGUGAAUGUCUAGUUUCCCCAAAAAUAAUAUUAUAUUAUUAAUUUGCUCUUUUAUUUAAGAAAUGUUUAAUACCUGAUAACUAAAUUGAUUAGUUAGUGCUUAUAAUAACAUUGAUAAUCAUUUUGUUUAACAAUGAAUUUAUUAUUAUUAUUUUUUUGUUAAAAUAUUAUGUUUAGUAAUUAAAUCUUCAAACAUGAUUCAAUUUCCAAGUAUUCCAGAAGACAUUCUGUGGAAAAUUGCAAUGGUAUUCAGAGCUUACUAUGACUCAAUGAAUUAUAUUUUGUUUUCAUUUGUUUAUAUGGUUAGUAAAUUAAAUCAAAUAAAAAUUAAUUACUUUUUACUAGUAUAUGAAAUAUUUUGUUUAAAAUUAUUGUAAAAUAAACUUUUUAGAAAAUGCAUCACUCCAAAUUUGAACCAAAAAAUUAUGGUUUUAACUCAUCUAUUGAAUUUUUCAAACAUUUGGAUCAACAUUAUAAAGUACGAAAUAAUGUGGUGUAUAAAAAUACUAAUAUUCCAAACUAUAAUGAAUUGAUAAAAACCGAAAACUGGUCAAAUACACAGCCAUAUAUCAAUUCUCAAGUAUAUAAUUUAAUUAAAAUAAACUUUAACUAUACAUUAUUAUCUCUGUAAUAUUAUGUUUAUGUUAUAUUUGUCUUUUAUGUGUGUAAAGAUAGAUUUGUGAACCAAAUUAGUUUAAUUUGUUUAUUGUUAAAAUAAAUGUAUUGGCUGCUUUAUUUAGAAAUGCUGAACUUAGCUUGUUUUUGUUGAAUAAUUUAAUUAAGAGUAAAUGAAAAAUUAAUAUUAUACAAAAUUAUACUUAUAAUAUGUUUUGUAAUAACUGUAUUAUGGCAUUAAUUUUUGGUGUAAACAAUUAAAAUAUUUAUAUAUAUUAUAUAAGUUUUAAGUUGUCUGAGUAAUCCUAACUUGAUCUGUUAUUUUUUAGAACAAAAUUAUUUCUAUUGUAUUAACAAAUAAUAAUGAACAUAUUUCAUUACACUUACACCAGACAUUAGUUCAUGAUGAUUCUGAAAUAGCCAUGGUAUUAUCUGAAGUAUAUUUCCCAAGUUUAUUCUUUAUGCAAUUAUGUAGUAAAAGAGAGGAUUUUAAUAUUUUAAUAAAACAAAUGGAGUAAGUACAUAUUAAUAAAAUAAUUUUUUUUUUCAAUCCAUUAUAUGAAUAUUUUACAUUACAUUUACAUGGUAAUACUGUAAUGAUCAUUGUUUGUGUUUUCUUAGAAGUUUUUAUGAUGAAGCAAAUAUAAAAUACUGUGUUGAACCAGAACACGUUUUAGUUGGUUCCUGUUAUGCAACUUCUUAUACUGAAUCUGUAAACAAAUGGCGAAGAGUUAAAAUUCUUUGUGAAGUAAAUUCAACACAUGUCCAGGUAAUUUUAUUUAUUGAAAUGUUUUGAAUUACAUGUUGUCAUAUUUUAUAAACCACAUUUGUUAGGUAAUUCAAGUUGACUAUGGUACUAUGAAUUGCAUACUAAAGAAAAAUCUAAGAUUCCUGAAAAAAGAAUUUUGUGAUUUACAAUGCCAGGCAAUUCAGUGUUGUCUGGCUGGAUUCAAUGAGAUUGACAAAUUUGAAGAAAAUGUUACAAUUGCUUUUUCGGAAAUGAUUCAUAAUAAUACAAUUAUGGUUAAAAUUGACAAGAACAUAAUUUUGGUAAGUAAUAUUAGCCAAUAAUUUCAAACAAAUAUAUUGAUAAAACAUAAUCACAAUUUAGUAAAAUAAUAAAUAUAUACAUUUAAAACUUUUGGUCUAGAAUAAUCAGAAUCAAGUAUUGCAUGUAACCUUAUUUAAAAAAUCGAAAAAUAUAAACUCUGAAUUGUAAGUAUUUAUGUUUGAUUUAAAUUUAGUCUAUAUAAUUUACACCUUGUCCAAAUGCUUGCCCAAAUGCUUUAAAAAUUACUUAUUUUGUUUGCCUAUUCGUUUUUUCAUUCUUUAAUGUACUAUUAUCUGUUUUAUAAAUGUUCAGGACCUCAAUUUUCUUUUGUGGAAAUUUUUUUUGUUAGUAGAGAAACACCAAAAUGUAUAAAAAUAAACUAAAUAUUUUUAAAAUUAAACUAAGUUUUUGAUGAAGUAUGAAAAUAUAAUAAUUAAUUAUUUUAGAUUAGCAAGGGAGCUAUUGGUUUUACCAAGAUGUUUAUUUUUUUCUUACUUUUUUUUCUAGUCUGUGCACCUGUUUUUCCUAGUAAACUUUUUCCGAUUUUUAUGUGUAACAAGUUUUCUGAAGCUCGUUAUCUAAAUUGUACUUAAAACAGGUUAUUUUUUGAUUUUCCAUUUUUUAAAUAAAAGCAUUUGAGUGGGAAUAAACAUAGAAAAAUAUACAAUUUAAUUAUUUUAUAAAAACACAGACAACUUUAUCUACUAGAAAAAAUAUAAUGAAAAAUCACAAGACAUCUUUUUUUUGCAUUUUUUAUUUACUUUCUUACAGUAUUUUUGUGAAAACAUUUUAACAACUUUUAAGCUUUUAAGGAAUUUUAAUUUUUAAAGGAAUCGUUUUAUCAAGAAAUGGUUUAUCCUUGCUUACAGGUGUAAAUGAAGUAACCUUAUGUAUUUUACCUUCUCAACUUCUCACCUACAACAUCCCUGUAUUUUUUUUUUUAGUUACGUUAUAAUAAUUGAUGACAUGAACCCUAAAUUCAAAGGUCUCCAACUGAAAGACAUUAUCCUGCAUUAGAAUUUGGUUUUAUACCAACAUUUGCAUUUUCCUUACAAUAUAAUAUUUAAUACAUAAACUAAAAUAUAUAAAAACAUUUAAUAUAUUUGGUUUUGUAUUCAAUGACAUAUAUCAUGGAUUUUGAAAAUAGAUACUUGAUUAAUUUUUUAAAAUACCUAAUAGGAUAGGAUUAGGCAUAUUUUACAUUUUGCUAGACACAUUCUGACAAAUUUUCAACCCUGGCAAUAUUGUAUUUUUGCAAGUUAUUUGUUUUAGAUCAGUAUUUCAAUGGAGAAUAGUACAUUAUAUGACUGAUUUAAUAGUUUACCUUCAUUUAAAAAAAAAAAAAAAAAUCAAUUUGUCUAUAACUCAUUUUUUUUUAUUUUUGCCAUUAGCUACAAUAUUUUGAGAUAUUUUCUAUUAUAUAUAACUACAUAACCGAAGUUAUUUAAAUUUCUAUAACACUGACUUUAGUUAGUAUUGAGAUAAAUAGUAUUGAAUAUCAAAUAAUUUUAUUGCUUAUCCCAGCGAAUUUUGUAUUUAUAAAGUAGUUGGACCAUUAAAAUUCCUAAAAAAAUAAGUAAUGGUUAAACAGAGAGGGCAACACCCUCAUAAAAUUUAAGAUAAAGACAUUGUAUUGUGCAUGAUCAUAUCUAAUUAAAAAUAAAAAUUCCAAGUACAUGAAAAUGUGUAUUACUAUGAAUAACUAAAAAAAAAUUAAAUUUACAUAUCUCUGUGCUAGGAUUUUAAGUUUUUUCAUUUAUAUCUUCUGCAAUCUAUUCCAGAACAUGCUAUGCACUAUACUUUCUGAGUUUAAAUAUGUGUCUAACUGGAAACUUGAAUUAAAUAUUAAUGCUAAUAUUUACCUGUAUUGGCGCACAAAAAGUUAUUAUGUCCAUGUAAUGUAAUGACAUGUGCUCUUGUUUAGAAUAGGUAGAUGGAUACUUUUGUAAGUUACUGUGCUUUCGCUGUUUUCCUGUAAUAUGUGUAUGUGUUAAACUAAAAUAAUUUUAUAUUACUUAUAAUAUAAUGUACUUUUUUUUUUUUUAUCUAGGGUUAUAUGGUAUAUGUAAAUAAAAGAUUUCCACUGAACAAAAGAAAUUCUGUUGAUGGCAAACUUAUGAUUGUCUAAACAAUAUAUAAUUAUAAAUUUGCAAACCUAAUGAACAUUAAUAUUUACUACUUAAACCAUUUGAAUAAUACCCAGAUAAUUAUCAAAGAAAUGAAAUCAUUUUGAGUAUUCAAAGGUCAUUUUAAAAUCAACAAUUUAUUAUAAAACCUUUUCUUUUUUUUCUGAAUAUGUAUAAAUGAUCC